GCGCGGAGACCGGGCGCUCGGAGAGGUGAGAGCGCGGCGGCUCGCGGGCCGGGCGGCGCGGAGACCGGGCUCGCGGUAGGAGCUGCGGGGCGCUCGAGGCUCCCAACUCCUCCCCCGACACGCGGGCCGGCGGGCCACGCGCCGCGGACUCGGACUGGGCACCGGCCCGGCUCCAGGAGCGCGGGGCGCCGCGGCUCCGACCAUGGGCAGCUUCCAGCUGGAAGACUUCGCGGCGGGCUGGAUCGGAGGUGCAGCGAGCGUCAUCGUCGGCCACCCUCUAGACACGGUCAAGACUCGCCUGCAGGCCGGCACCAACUAUGGAAGCACCCUCAGCUGCAUCCGCACAGUGUAUAGGAGGGAGAGUGUGUUUGGCUUCUUCAAGGGCAUGUCUUUUCCCCUUGCCAGCAUCGCUGUCUAUAACUCGGUGGUGUUUGGGGUCUUCAGUAACACGCAGAGGUUCCUCAGCCAGCACCACGCCAGGGAGUCCGAGGCCAGCCGGUCCCGCACCCUGUCGGACCUUCUCCUGGCCAGCAUGGUGGCCGGUGUGGUCUCUGUCAGCCUGGGGACGCCCGUGGACCUCAUCAAGAUCCGGCUGCAGAUGCAAACACAGCCAUUUCAGGAAGGCAACUUUGGUUUGAAACCCAGGGCCGUGGCUCUUGGGGUGCAGCCAGUCUACCAGGGAGCUGUGCAUUGCAUCGCAACCAUCGUGCGGACUGAGGGCCUGGCAGGCAUGUACCGAGGUGUUGGCGCCAUGCUGCUGAGGGAUGUCCCGGGCUACUGUCUCUACUUCAUCCCCUAUGUGUUCCUGAACGACUGGAUCACACCCGAGGCCUGCGCAGGCCCCAGCCCCUGGGCCGUGUGGCUGGCUGGCGGCCUGGCAGGAGCAAUUUCUUGGGGGACAGCGACUCCUAUGGAUGUCGUGAAAAGUCGACUCCAAGCUGAUGGGGUUUAUUUAAACAAAUACAAAGGCAUCCUGGAUUGUAUCUCCCAGAGUUACCGGAAGGAAGGUCUUAAAGUGUUUUUCAGAGGCAUCAUGGUGAACACUCUGCGCGGCUUCCCCAUGAGCGCCGCCAUGUUCCUUGGGUAUGAGCUCUCGCUGCAGGUGCUCCGUGGGGACCACACCGUGACCAGCCCCUGAGCGUCAGCUGGCGUGAAGGUCCCGGGAGAGCUACGACUGUUUCUUCACUUCUUUAUCACUGGUGCCUCACACGGAGAUGGCCACUCAGAAACAUUGUUGAGAAGAUGGACGAUCAGCUUCCAGUAUCCUCUCAGCUCCUUCUCUUCUUUCCCCCACUGUUUCUCCUUCUCUGGCUCCACACUGGUAACCUGCAGAGCUGAGAAGAUCAAGGGGGAUGAGUCACUGAAUUUUUUAGGUAAAAAGAAACCAUUUCGCUUCAGUCUUGGUGACUGCAAAUUCUCUCAAGAAGGAUGGUCGGGCGCCUGGGUGGCUCAGAUGGUUAAGCGUCUGCCUUCGGCCCAGGUCAUGAUCUCGGGGUCCUGGGAUCGAGUCCCGCAUCGGGCUCCCUGCUCCUUGGGAGCCUGCUUCUCCCUCUGCCUCUCUCUCUCUCUCUCUCUCAUGAAUAAAUAAAUAAAAUCUUUAAAAAAAAAAAAAAAAGAAGGAUGGUCUUCGUCAGAAAGGUCUAGCAAACCGCCCUGCUGCCUCCCCUGGGGCAGCAGGGGCCUGCUGGCAUGUGUGGAUGGGGCCAGACCCUAGACCCCGGGAAGGGCGUGAUGGAUCAGGCUGACAAGACUGAGCCCAGGGCAAACCCUGGAACGCCGGCUUUUACGUCAAAUACUGCAGCUCUUCACUAAAGCACCCACCUUCACGGCUCGCCUGGCUCUUGGCCCUCUCUUACAAAAGGGAAACAGGAGUAACACAUUUUGCAUACUUAAACAUCUUGAGUGAAGCACAACUGUCCUUGGGUUUUGUCCGGGGCAAGGCAGAGGAAUGGUCUGGUUCUCAAAGCUGUGCUCAGAUACCAGCCACUCCCCCCUGUAACCAGAUGAAAGUGGCUUUCCAGAAAAUCCUGUAAUAAAAUCAGUGCCUCUUUACUGUGGGGAAAAA